ACACACAAUGAGUCAAGAUGCUGAUUUAUGGCUUUUAUGCAAAAAAGGAAGAAGCGGCUGAAAUUUCAUCCAUCAAAAAGUGACUGUCUACACUUGGACAAUGACGCGAACUCUCCUAUUGUGGAUCCUCAUCCUAAAUGCCUCGCUCAAGCCCUCAGAAAGCCAUGGGAAUGAUUUUGAGGACGUGAAGGACUAUGAGGUGGUUCGACCCGUCAGACUUCACACAGUCAGAAAAAGACAUGCAGAGUACCUCAGACCAGAGACUAUUAAGUAUGCAAUGACCGUGGGAGGAAAAGACAUCGAAAUGCAACUAGAAAAAAAUGAUGAAUUACUCACCAAAGACUACACAGAGACCUACUACCAAGAAGAUGGAACUCGAGUCACCACAACUCCAAAUGAUAUCGAUCACUGCUACUAUCAUGGGAGGAUUGUGAAUGACAGCAAGUCGUCUGUUAGCAUUAGCACUUGUGAUGGUCUCAGGGGCUACUUCAGAACAUCUGCCCAGAAAUACCUGAUUGAGCCCCUGUCUGGUGGCGAUGAGGGGGAUCAUGCAGUAAUGACAUUCAAUGAGAAGAACUUCACACCUGCAGUGUGUGGUGUCACCAACACCAGCUGGAGCGAUGACUUUGAACCCCCAACAAGCCGCAGCCGUUCCAGAUCAGCGGGUUUAAGUAUUGUCCAGCAACAGAAAUACAUUGAGCUCUUCCUUGUUGCUGAUCACCGUGAGUAUGUGAAGAUGAAGCAGGAUCAGACAGAGCUGAGAAAGAAGAUAUUUGAAAUCGUCAACUUUGUCAACAUGGCCUAUAAACCCUUCAGGACCUUUAUUGCUCUGGUGGGCCUAGAGGUCUGGUCCAAUGGUGACUUGAUCUCUGUGACCCCCCCAGCUGGGGCCAACCUGGAUGCAUUCAUGAAGUGGAGGAACACUGAGCUGGUCAAGAGGAAAAAACAUGACAAUGCGCAUCUCAUCAGUGGUAUUGACUUUGAAGGAGCAACUGUAGGACUGGCUUUUAUUGGGACUCUUUGCUCUGGUCACUCUGUUGGAGUGGUUCAGGAUCACAGUGACCAAGCCAUUGCAGUGGGGGCUACACUGGCUCAUGAGAUGGGCCAUAACCUGGGUAUGGACCACGACGACUCCAGUGGCUGUGCUUGUUCUGAGGAUAGCUGCAUCAUGGCUGCAGCCCUCAGCUGGAAAAUUCCUCGGACUUUCAGCAGCUGCAGCAGCAAUAACUAUGAGAAAUACCUGAUGACCCGCACCCCCAGCUGUAUGCUGGACAAACCUGACUACAGGAGUAUGGUGGCUCCCUCAGUGUGCGGGAAUGGGUUUGUAGAAAAAGGAGAGCAGUGUGACUGUGGCACUGUGGAGGAGUGCACCAACCCAUGUUGCAAUGCUACCACUUGCAAUCUGAAGGAGGGUUCACAGUGUGCUGAGGGCGAGUGCUGUGAGAACUGCAAGAUCUCGUCUCGCUCCAGGGAGUGCCGCAGAGCACAGGAUGAGUGUGAUCUGGCAGAGUACUGCGACGGGAAGAGCGCCACCUGUCCUGAGGAUGUGUUUGCUGUGAAUGGUCUCCCAUGUGACAAAGGCCUGGGAUACUGCUACAACGGCCAGUGUCCACAGAGGCCGAACCAGUGUGUCAAGAUGUAUGGAUCCGGUGCUAUAGAGGCUCGUGCAUUCUGCUACAACCAGAACACCAGAGGAACUUACUAUGCCUUCUGCCGCCGUCCUGCAAAUGACCAGUACAUCCCGUGCCAGCGAGAAGACAUAUACUGUGGGAAGCUCUUCUGCCAUAAUGGUAAUGAAAACCCUAACUAUGGCCGCAUGGUGAGGGUCAGUGACUGCAAGGCAGCUUUCUUUGAAGACUACACUAAAGACUACGGCCAGGUGGACACUGGGACUAAAUGUGGGGAUGGAAAGGUGUGCAGCCAGAAUGAGUGUGUGGAUCUUGAGACAGCUUACAGAAACACAAACUGCUCUGCAAAAUGCCCAGGCCAUGCUGUGUGCAAUCACAGAAGUGAGUGUCAGUGUGAGCCUGGAUGGAUGCCUCCUUACUGCAAUUCAGAGGAUGGAGCUUUUACUAAUCUUUCUACCGGAGCAGCUGUUGCCAUCGCAAUGACAGUUAUACUAGUGACUCUCGGUAUCAUUGCUGGUGUGGUAGGGUACAUCUGGAAAAAACGACAAAGCCCCAUGUUUGCAACCACACACACCCAGAGGAAGCAGCCAGCAGUGGACAGGUCCGCUACCCGCUUUAACCAAGGGCAAGCUCCUCGUCACCCCAACCCAAAGAUUGCAGGGCCAAAGCCCAAAGGAGCUCCACCUCCACCACCUCCAGCGGGGAACAGACCUAAACCCCCAAGCCAGAACUACAUAGCUGCACGACAGGCUCUGAGGCCAGUACCUCCACCAAAGGUCUGAUGUCUGACACAGUGCCAUCUCCUGAGUAAACCUGGAGGAGACUCACCUUUCUCUGUCGUCAACAAGAAGCUACUGGUAAUCCAGAGAAACAGAGACAAGUUUUCAUCAAAGGCUUCCUGUCAUGAUGGUUUCCUCUGCAGUCUUCUCACUGCAGUGCUGUCAGAAGCACCCAGUGUGUUUACACCAGUGACAUGCAGACUAAGGAGGGACAAACUGGACUAUUCUUACUCGAAUGCCAUGCACUUAGGACUUGUUAUUACAGGGAUGAAUUUUUUUUAAGGCACUUUUUUUUUUACUAUAGGGUUAGGGUUAGUGCAGCUCUGACCCUGAAUGUGAGCCAUGUGAUUUUACAUGUUCUUUUAUUUUGUAUGGUGCAGAGUAUUGCACAAAACUAAACUGCAGUAGGUUAAUAUUUUAUGUUAUUGUUCUGUAUGUUGUCCUGAUAAUCUUUCAAAUGAUGGUCUAAAAUUUCUGGUCCAUUGUAGCGUAGUGUAAUAGAAAAAACUAAUUUGUAGAUUUCAGACUCAGAAACACUGAUCUUAAUAAUUGUCUUUACUCUGCCACUGAAAAGAUUUGUAUUAGGCUCUAUGUAGCAUUUUCUGUUAAAUCUCAAGCAAUGUCUUCAUUCAAAAUACUGUAAAAUGAGGGAACACAAGAGAUAAGUGGAUUGAUGUUUUUAGAUAUAUUUUCAAAAGAAAAAAGGUCCAGUUAACUAUAAAAUAGACAUGUCAGAAACUGAAUAUACAGCACGUUGUCUGCUACAUGUUCAAGAUCCAGUUUAUUCCCAGUGAAAUUAAAUGUCAUCAUGACACUGAUGUUCUGAUUGUGAGGGUAUUUACACUUAGCUCAAUGCUUGAGAUUUAACCACCACAUUUAACUUGUAACAGUUGUUUCUAAUUAUUAUUACUAAUUUGGUUUAUGUGAAUAGAUUUUUGCCAUGCACCUUUGUUAUACUGCUGCUUCUCUCAAAUGAGUUCACUAAGUGAACAUGUACAUGAUGUAAAAAAAACAUUAUAUGAGCUCAAUAAUUGUUAAUUGUUUUUUUUUUUUUUUGUGCUGCAAGGCUAAAAACAGCAGCCUAAAUGUGAAAGCAUCACUAACCAAAAUCUUAUCAGCAGUGAAGAUGCAACAAGCAGCAAGAUUUCAUAUUACUGUAAAUGUUCCAAUUUAACAAAUGUCUUAAAAACAAAACACUAUGUUCUUGGCCUGUACUGCAUUAAAGGAGGUCAUAAUCCAGGUGGUAGUGAUAUUAGAAGGCCUGUGACUAAAUUAAUAUCCCCCACAGCUUCCUCUUGAGCAAGGCAUUAAUCCCACUCUCCCACUGAAGAGGUUGGCAGUUCAAAGCCAGAAUGUCUUGAUCUGUCAUUGAGAAAGUUUGUAAAUAAUGAAUGAAUUCAUGUAAAUUAAUGCAGAGAAAUACAUGUGUAUUUCAUACAAGUUCUACAAAUGAAUUGUGUGCAAAAAAACUACACUUUGAAACAUU